GAGGAUCGCUGCCCUAGUUCCAUCCUGGAGAGGCAGGGGGCGGGAGCCAGGUCGCACACCUCAAACCCCACCAGCUGGUUUUCAGAAAGUGUCAGAGCGCACACACACCUCAGGAGCAGCAGAAGCAGGAGCAGAGUGUUGACGACCAUCCUCGGGACCAAACCAGUUUGCUUCCAGGAGCUACUCUUCCUGAUGACUGCACGGUCUACAGGUGCAGAGAGACUGGCCCCGGGAAUCCCCGUUGCAGCUUCUUCACACUCUGACGCUGACGUUUAGCGUCCUUGUCAAGACUGCAUCCCUGACAUGUCCAGCUGUGAGAAGCUGCGCGAGACGGCGAUUCUUCCCUUAAAACAAACUGAACAACCUCAUCGUUGCCUCUUGCCGUUUCCAUAUGAGAUUCGGCAGAAUUAGGCAGGACUGGCCCGGACCACUCACUUUCAACUUCACAUAGUCUGAAUUCCGGGCUUCCGCAGACAGACUAGACGACUCUCAAGGACGUUAAGGACACGAAUAGGGGCUCAUUCGUCUUGGAGCAGCUUGUGGCUUUUUGCCAGCAGCCAUGCAGGUGUCCUUUGCGUGUACGGACCACGGGCUGAAGGCCCCUCGCAACGGCGAGCACAGCAAGCAGAACGCCACCAGCCCCAACACGACCAGCCAUGCCCGAGCCCGCUUCCGCACCGUGGCCCUGAUCGCCCGCAGCCUGGGCUCCUUCACCCACCGCUACCACCACAACCUGAAGGAGUCCACUGCCAAGUUGACCGGCAUGAAAUACCGGAACCUGGGGAAAUCUGGUUUACGUGUCUCCUGUCUGGGUCUUGGAACAUGGGUAACAUUUGGAGGUCAGAUCUCUGAUGAGGUAGCAGAGCAGCUGAUGACCAUUGCCUAUGAGAGUGGGGUCAACCUGUUCGAUACGGCCGAAGUCUAUUCUGGGGGAAAAGCAGAGAUAAUCUUGGGAAAUAUCAUCAAGAAGAAGUGCUGGAGGAGAUCCAGCCUUGUGAUCACCACAAAGCUCUACUGGGGAGGAAAAGCUGAGACAGAGAGAGGCCUCAACCGAAAACACAUCAUUGAAGGUUUAAAGGGUUCCCUCCAGAGGAUGCAGCUCGAAUAUGUGGAUGUGGUCUUUGCCAACCGGACGGACAGCAACACUCCUAUGGAGGAAAUUGUGAGAGCUAUGACUCAUGUGAUCAACCAAGGGAUGUCCAUGUACUGGGGAACAUCUCGCUGGUCUGCCAUGGAGAUCAUGGAAGCCUAUUCUGUGGCCAGACAGUUUAAUCUUAUUCCACCGGUGUGCGAGCAGGCUGAGUAUCAUUUCUUCCAGCGGGAGAAGGUGGAAACUCAGCUUCCUGAGCUCUACCAUAAAAUAGGUGUGGGUGUGGUCUCUUGGUCUCCUCUGGCAUGUGGGAUUAUCACUGGAAAGUAUGAUAAUGGCAUCCCAGAAUCCUCAAGAGCUGCAAUGAAGCCAUAUCAGUGGUUGAGAGAGAAGAUAACGAGUGAGGAUGGAAGAAAACAGCAAUCCAAACUAAAAGAACUGACUCAUAUUGGAGAAAAACUAGGAUGCACCUUGCCACAGUUAGCCAUAGCCUGGUGCUUGAGGAAUGAGGGAGUCAGCUCAGUGCUCCUGGGGGCCUCCAAUCCCACCCAGCUAACAGAAAACCUGGGAGCCAUUCAGGUAAUUCCAAAGAUUACAGCAGGUAUUGCUUCAGAAAUGGACCAUAUUCUGGGCAACCGUCCACACAGUAAAAGGGACUACCACCACUAGGAUGGACACUUUCUACUAAAGCGCUCAUAAGGCUUUUCAAAGCUCACUUUUCACAGCCAUGGCACCAUAAGUGCGUGCCCACGACUGCGUGUAUCUGUGGAGGACUGUGUGAUUAUACUUGGCUCUUUCAACUCAUAACUGUGAAGUGGGCUACAUGACGACAAAGCGCGCAUGCAAAACCAGCCAGUUAUCAGACUGAACACGAUUCGUAGGAUCCAUCAAGACAAUUCCCUGCAUCGAAAAGAAAAAACCUCACCAACAGCGAACUUUGCAGAAGGUGCUGACCCAUACAGUGCUGGAAAAAGAAUAGAAUUAAUUGUUUAAAUACUCCUGUUAAAAUGGCUGUCAGUGCAUGUAGAGAAAACUUCUGAGGAACUAAUUACCUCUAAGCAUCCAAUUAAGCAUAGCAGAGCACUAUGAUAAUAGAUUAUUUGCAUCAAAAUGGACCUAAUGCUAGAGAAAUCUAUUUUACUGUAUAAUGUAUGUAUUGUAAAAAGAAUUACAAAUGGUGAUUAUAAUGAGCCAUAUUUCAGCAGAAUGGAUGAACAUUCCCCAAUGCAGCUGGAGCUUGCUUGUCCAUGUGAUUCCUGCAGAACUGGAAGAUCUAAAUGUCAGCUAAACAUUGUCUUUGCUAUUGCCAUAAAAAAGUUUAAUUAGUUUAAAUGAAAUAUAUAUGUCUCAAAACAUAUGUAAUGACUGUUACAUAAGUAUGUAUUUCUUUAAUGAGCAGUUAUGUUGUUCUGUUCUCUUUUUCACUUAUGCAACAGCACCGCAGAGUGUAUUUUCCUACUGUGCCCUUUCAACCUAUUUUAGUUUGUACGCUGGCAGUUUCUGUCAGUGGGAAUUGUUUCUGAUUCAUUUCAUUUCAGUCGGUACUGUGGAUAGAAAAGUGUCUCAUUGAAGUCGGGGUGAUGAUCCUCCUGCAGGGGAGCUUGUGGAUAACAAAUAAAGCCAUGUGGCUAAUGGAGAGACAUAGUGGUGAAAAAAUUAAAAAGAACACCAUAUGGACCCUUGCAGUAAUCGCACCUGGAACAAAGAGUUUUUUCCCAGUUUCUCCCAGAUGGUUGUUUUAUGUAAUGGGAUCAUCUUUGCUAUGUUCUGUUUGUCCAGAUAUGUAUUAUGGUGUUGUUCAUCAAAUUUGUACAUGAAAAUUAAAGAAACGCUUAGAAUCGUA